CGGUGAACCGGCGCGCAGGAGCAGCGCCAGGGCCGGGCAGCGCGGGGCUGCCGGUGGCUCCCCCGGUGCGCCGCGUCCCCCCCCGCUCCUCUCCCCUCCGCCGCCGGGGUCCCCGGGAUGCGCGCCCGUGAUUGACGGCUCUUUGUUUCCUCCUCGCCGGCAGCCCCGGCCCCUCCCCCGUCGCGCCACCCCGCUCCACCGCGCUCCGCUCCGCACCGGCGGCACCGGCGGCAUGGGGGCACCGGCGGCCGCGGGGGGCCCGGCGCUGGGCGCGCUCCUGGUGCUGCUCCUGCUGGGCGCCGCCGGCGCGGCUCGUCAGGGGCUGCAAGUCAUCGACCUGCUGCUGGUGAGCGAGGCCCGGCAGAUGGCCAGCAUCACACACAAGAUCCGCAUGGAGCUCCUGACCGUUAACGACGUUUACCUCCUCUCCACCUUCCGCCUGCCCCCCAAGCAGGGGGGGACCCUCUUCGGCCUCUACUCCAAGAAGGACAACACGAGGUGGUUGGAGGUCUCCAUAGUGGGGAAAAUCAACAAAGUGCUGGUGCGUUACCUGCGGGAGGACAACAAACUGCACUCGGUGAACCUGCAGCACGCGCACGUGGCGGACGGGCAGAGCCACACGGUCAUCGUGCGCCUGAGCGGGCUGCGCGGGGACAUGCUCAGCGUGGAGCUCUACGUCGACUGCAAGCAGAUGGACUCCAGCGUGGGGCUGCCCGAGCUCUCCGAGAUCCCCCUGGCAGAGGUGGAGUCCAUCGAGGUGCGCACGGGGCAGAAAGCCUACCAGAGGAUGCAGGGGGUCGUGGAGUCGAUGAAGCUGAUCCUGGGGGGGUCCAUGAGCCGCGUGGGGGCCCUGAGCGAGUGCCCUUUCCAAGGGGAUGAGUCCAUUCACAGUGCAGUGACAAACGCUCUGGCCUCCAUCCUGGGCGAGCAGACCAAGGCGCUGGUGACGCAGCUGACCCUGUUCAACCGGGUCCUGACUGAGCUGCGGGAGGACAUCAGGGACCAGGUGAAGGAGAUGUCCCUGAUCCGCAACACCAUCAUGGAGUGCCAGGUCUGCGGCUUCCACGAGCACCGGUCCCGCUGCAACCCCAACCCCUGCUUCAGCGGCGUGGACUGCAUGGAGACCUACGAGUACCCCGGGUACCGCUGCGGGCCCUGCCCACCGGGGCUGGAGGGCAACGGCACCCACUGUGCCGACAUCGAUGAGUGUGCCCACGCCAACCCCUGCUUCCCUGGCUCCAAGUGCAUCAACACAGUCCCUGGCUUCCGCUGCGAGCCCUGUCCCCGCGGCUAUCGCGGCAACACCGUGUCCGGUGUGGGAGCUGACUAUGCAAGGGCCAGCAAGCAGGUUUGCACGGAUAUUGAUGAGUGCAACGAUGGGAACAACGGGGGCUGUGACCCCAACUCCAUCUGCACCAACACGCUGGGCUCCUACAAGUGCGGUCCCUGCAAGUCCGGGUUUGUGGGGAACCAAACGUCCGGCUGCAUCCCGCAGAAGUCCUGCAGCACUCCCACCUCCAACCCCUGUGACAUCAAUGGCUUCUGCGUGUUCGAGAGGAACGGGGAGAUCUCCUGUGCGUGCAACGUGGGCUGGGCUGGCAACGGCAACGUGUGUGGGCAAGACACCGACCUUGAUGGCUACCCUGAUGAGCCCCUGCCCUGCAUUGACAACAACAAGCACUGCAAGCAGGACAACUGCCGCCUGACACCAAAUUCGGGGCAGGAGGAUGCUGACAACGACGGCAUCGGGGACCAGUGUGAUGAUGAUGCCGAUGGUGAUGGCAUCAAGAACGUGGAGGACAACUGCCGGCUCUUCCCCAACAAGGACCAGCAGAACUCGGACACCGACUCCUUCGGGGAUGCCUGCGACAACUGCCCCAACGUGCCCAACAACGACCAGCGGGACACAGACAGCAACGGCGAGGGGGACGCUUGUGACAACGACAUCGAUGGGGACGGGAUUCCCAACAUGCUGGAUAACUGCCCCAAGGUGCCCAACCCUCUGCAGACAGACCGGGAUGAGGACGGGGUCGGGGACGCCUGUGACAGUUGCCCUGAAAUGAGCAACCCCACUCAGACAGAUAUGGACAGCGACCUGGUAGGAGACAUCUGUGACACCAAUGAGGACAGUGAUGGGGACGGGCACCAGGACACCAAGGACAACUGCGCCGAGAUCCCAAACAGCUCCCAGCUGGACUCGGACAACGACGGGCUGGGGGAUGACUGCGACAAUGACGAUGACAACGAUGGCAUCCCCGACUACACAGCGCCUGGCCCAGACAACUGCCGCCUCAUCCCCAACCCCAACCAGAAGGACUCGGAUGGGAACGGGGUGGGUGACGUGUGCGAGGAGGACUUUGACAACGACACAGUCGUGGAUCAGUUCGACGUGUGCCCCGAGAGCGCCGAGGUGACACUGACCGACUUCCGAGCCUACCAGACUGUCAUCCUUGACCCCGAGGGGGAUGCUCAGAUCGAUCCCAACUGGGUCGUCCUCAACCAGGGCAUGGAGAUUGUGCAGACCAUGAACAGUGACCCGGGCUUGGCUGUCGGCUACACAGCCUUCAACGGGGUGGACUUCGAGGGCACCUUCCAUGUCAACACUGUCACCGACGAUGACUACGCUGGCUUCAUCUUCAGCUACCAGGACAGCGCCAGCUUCUACGUGGUGAUGUGGAAGCAGACGGAGCAGACGUACUGGCAGGCCACCCCUUUCCGUGCCGUGGCUGAGCCGGGGCUGCAGCUCAAGGCGGUGAAGUCCUCGACGGGCCCCGGGGAGCACUUGCGCAACGCGCUGUGGCACACGGGCCACACGCCCGACCACGUCCGCCUGCUCUGGAAGGACCCGCGCAACGUGGGCUGGCGGGACAAGACCUCCUACCGCUGGCAGCUGGCCCACAGGCCCCAGGUCGGCUACAUCAGGGUCCGGCUGUACGAGGGCCCGCGGCUGGUGGCCGACUCCGGGGUGAUCAUCGACACCACGAUGCGCGGGGGGCGGCUGGGGGUCUUCUGCUUCUCCCAGGAGAACAUCAUCUGGUCCAACCUGCAGUACCGCUGCAACGACACGAUCCCCGCCGAUUUCGAGCCCUUCCGCCGGUUCCUGCUGCAGGGACGCGAGUGAGCGGCCGCGCCCGGCCCGGUUCCCCCCCGCACCGCGCCGGCGGCACCGCUCUGGGCCCCGCUCCCGGCCAGGCCCCGCUCCGGGCCCCCCGCGGACUUUGCACUGCCGGUACCGGCGCGGCCCCCCCCGCUGCUGCUCCGGUCCCUGCCCGAAGUCUGGCCAUAAAGUUUUAAGUGUUUUCUA